AUGAUAGCAUCCCGGCUCCUGUCCUCGCUGCGGCGUGGCUCAGAGUGGCGAGUCGCUUUGGUGAUCUUUGCAGGCUUGCCGGCGGCCAAGAUCGCCAAAAGCCCUGGGAUCUAUUCAGCACUGAUGAGUGUUUUGGCUUCUCGUCAUCUUUGGCAAGACUCUCUAGCCCUUCUUCGAGAUGCGGAGGAAGGCAGCAACUUGGAACUGGACGCAGCCGUUUACAACUCUGCCAUUACAACGUGCGCGAGAGCCUCGCGGUGGCAGUGGUCUCUCUGGCUGCUUGCUUACCUGCGGGAGGCAGACUCAGGCCGCACUCCAAGCCGCCCGAAUCCGAACGUGAUAAGCUACAAUGCGGCUAUUCAUGCCUGCGAGCGGCGAGGUUUAUGGGAGCAGGCACUUUGUUUGCUGGAAAGCCUUUCUAGAGCUAUACAGGUUCGUUCAUCCUCCUUAAACGUCGCGAUGAGUGCCUGUGAGAAGGGGCAGCAGUGGCAGGCGACGUUGUUCCUGUUCAGCCGCUUCUCACACUUUUGCUGUGACCGCACUUUGGUGAGCUACGGUGCUGCGUCCGCCGCUUGUGCCGUCAGCCAGUCCUGGGAGACAGCUUUGGAAGUUCUCUCUGAGAUGCAGGGACGGGGCGUGGGUCCAAGCAAGGAGAUGUUGAACUCUCUUUUGGAGGUCUGCAAGAGGAGCUGGGCAUGGCAACAGGGCCUCCAGGUCUUUCUAGAGAGCCGUGAGCUUGGUCUGCGCUCCUUCCGACAGCGUGAAGCCCUCUGCCAGGCAGUGGAGACCAGCCAAGCCCUUUUCUGGGCUGAAACCUUGGCUCUAAGGCCCCUUUCCCUACUGGAUUUGAGACGAGCCACCCUCUCUGACCAGCGCUUUGUGUGGCGGAGUUCAAAGCCUGUACAUGUGGCUUCUGCGGAAUGGCUCGUUCUGGCGAAUAUCUUCGCUGCAGAUUCUAUUCGGCAAUCGCUAGAGCAGCGGAACGGAUUUGGAAGUCGCUGGCGGUAG